UCAUCUUUAGUGACUCGGCAGAAAUCUGAUCAACUUUUGUUUUUAGUUUCUUGCGCAAAAUAUUUCGUAAUUUUGCAAAUUUUGGUAAAAAAAUAGUUAAUAAUGGCGACAGCAGUGGCAAGUGGGGGGCCUGGUAUUGGGGUCGUGGUCGGUAUCGACGCGGCGAGAGAGCGAGCAGUGACCGAGUAUCGCAGGAGGGUCGCAGAACAUCGCGACAUUGAGGCGAGAUUGAAAGAAAUGCGAGAACAACUCAAAGAGUUGACGAAGCAGUAUGACAAAUCAGAGAACGAUUUGAAAGCUCUCCAAAGUGUGGGGCAAAUUGUGGGCGAAGUUUUGAAGCAGUUGACGGACGACAAUUUUAUCGUGAAGGCGACCAACGGGCCGAGAUACGUGGUCGGAUGUCGGAGACAACUGGACAAGACGAAAUUGAAAAGUGGAACUCGUGUGGCGUUAGAUAUGACGACGUUGACCAUAAUGCGCUAUCUUCCCCGAGAAGUGGACCCUCUCGUAUACAACAUGAGUCACGAAGAUCCUGGAAAUGUGUCCUACGGAGAAAUUGGAGGUUUAGGAGAACAGAUUCGUGAACUGCGAGAAGUUAUCGAGUUGCCGUUGAUGAAUCCUGAACUGUUCCUUCGCGUCGGUAUUACUCCGCCGAAAGGUUGUCUGCUCUAUGGACCGCCAGGAACGGGAAAAACGUUGCUGGCCCGAGCCGUUGCUUCCCAGUUGGACGCAAAUUUCCUUAAAGUCGUGUCCAGUGCUAUUGUUGAUAAAUAUAUUGGAGAAAGUGCCCGUUUGAUUCGAGAAAUGUUUAACUACGCUCGAGAUCACCAGCCUUGCAUCAUCUUCAUGGACGAAAUUGAUGCCAUUGGAGGGCGACGAUUUUCUGAGGGUACUUCCGCUGAUCGAGAAAUUCAAAGAACUCUGAUGGAGUUGCUUAAUCAAAUGGAUGGUUUCGAUACUCUCGGACAGGUUAAAAUGAUUAUGGCCACCAAUCGUCCCGACACUCUUGACCCUGCUCUCCUCCGUCCUGGGCGUUUAGAUCGUAAAAUUGAAAUUCCACUUCCAAACGAGCAAGCUCGCCUCGAUAUUCUCAAAAUUCACGCCGGACCAAUAGCCAAACAUGGAGAAAUCGACUACGAAGCCGUCGUAAAACUUUCCGAUGGUUUUAAUGGUGCCGAUUUACGGAACGUUUGCACGGAAGCUGGUCUAUUUGCGAUCCGUGCCGAACGGGAUUACGUUAUUCAAGAAGACUUUAUGAAAGCAGCUCGUAAAGUUUCAGACAAUAAAAAGCUCGAAUCAAAAUUGGAUUACAAACCGAUAUAAUUAUAAAAUCUCAAUCUGGAAUUUGUACAUAAAUUAAUUUAUAAGGUUUAAAACUUUUUAUAUACAUACAUCUUAGCAAAAAACAAUUAUAAAAUUUUCUUCAAAAUUUUUCUCGCAAUAACCAAAUUGCUUAAUUACCAGUGAAAGCUAUUAAAAAAUCGUAUCUAAUCUAAUUUUUUAAUUUAAGUAUCACGCCCUAUUUAAAUGUGGAGAAUGAGAUGAAGUAGAUGAAAAUAAAUGGAACCAAAUCUUUCAAAAA